UAUUUCUGGUCCAAAAAUUAUACACCAUUACACACAUAUAUAUAUUAUAAGAGAAUCAUGAUUUCCUCAUUCCUUAUGAAAUCAUAGAAUUUGCACCUGACAAGCAACCACUUCAACUCCAACUAAUCCUAUAAAAACCCAUAACAGACCAAACCCACACAAAAACAGACAAACAAAGAAUGACUUACCCAACUUCAUGUUUGAUCCUCUUCUCAUGUUCUCUGUCUCUUCUUCUGUCAUUCUCCAAUGCAGGAAGCAGACCUCCACACAGUCCGUCUUACUACUCCCCGGCCGCCUUUUCUCCCGCAGCAUACGAUUUCUUCCACCCGAAAUCGCAUUCUCAUUCCCCCGAAAACCCGAGAAACUCGCCUGCCCCUUUGCCUUUGAGGGCUAAUGUAGAGGCCGAGGCACAGGAAAGCAAAGUUUCCUCGGAAAAGCACAGAGAUGGAAACAGGGUAGGGGCGGGUGUAGUUGUCGGGAUAGGGCUCGGGCUCACGUUCCUAGUGUUUUUAGCCACGGGAACUUGCUUUGUCAUGAACAAACGCCGUGUGAAUGUCGUCAGAACAAUCUCUGUCCGGCCUGACGCUUGAAUCCAUCACGAGGGAGAGGGAGAUCGAGUUUCUUCUUCUUGUUUUCCUGUUCUUCGGCUAGUUUGGUUAUGGAGAAAUGUACCUUCCUUGGAUCGAACAAGAAUCUUUCAUCUGUAGGAAGACUGAAUGUUCACAAGCACACUUCACUUCAAAAAAUCAGAAACUAAUCUGUCUGUCUCA